CGGCCGCUGCAGCAGCGCGGGCUGGGCCAGGGGGCGCCUCGCGCGGCAGCGGCUCGGGAGGGCAAUGCAGUGAGGCGGGCUCGGCGGGCGGGCGUGCGCGCGCGGAACGGGGGCCGCGGCCGCGCUGCAGAGAUGUGACUCGGGCCGAGGGCCAGCAGGAGCGUCGGCGCUGCGGGGCGGCGGGGGUCGAACAUUCCUGGUGACAGAAAGAAAAAUGAGAGCCCACCAGGUGCUCCCCUUGCUCCUCCUGCUCUUGGUGAUCACCUCUGUGGCUUCUGAAAACGCCAGCACAUCCCGGGGCUGUGGGCUGGACCUCCUCCCUCAGUACGUGUCCCUGUGCGACCUGGACGCCAUCUGGGGCAUCGUGGUGGAGGCAGUGGCCGGGGCUGGCGCCCUGAUCACACUGCUCUUGAUGCUCAUCCUCCUGGUGCGCCUGCCCUUUAUCAAGGACAAGGAGAAGAAGAGGCCUGUGUGCCUCCACUUCCUCUUCCUCCUGGGGACCCUGGGGCUCUUUGGGCUGACGUUCGCCUUCAUCAUCCGGAUGGACGAGGCGAUCUGCUCCGUCCGCCGCUUCCUCUGGGGUGUCCUCUUCGCGCUCUGCUUCUCCUGCCUGCUGAGUCAAGCGUGGCGCGUGCGCAGGCUGGUGCGCCAAGGCACGAGCCCGGCGGCCUGGCAGCUGGUGGGCUUGGCGCUGUGCCUGAUGCUGGUGCAGGUGAUCAUCGCCACCGAGUGGCUGGUGCUGACCGUGCUGCGUGACACCAAGCCGGCCUGCGCCUACGAGCCUAUGGACUUUGUGAUGGCUCUCAUUUACGACAUGGUACUGCUAGCCAUCACCCUGGCGCAGGCCCUCUUCACACUGUGUGGCAAGUUCAAGAGAUGGAAGCUGAACGGGGUUUUCAUCUUGAUCACAACCUUCCUCUCGCUGCUCAUCUGGGUGGCCUGGAUGACCAUGUAUCUCUUCGGCAACAUCAUCUUGAAGCAAGGGGACGCCUGGAGUGACCCCACCUUGGCUAUCACGCUGGCGGCCAGCGGCUGGGUCUUUGUCAUCUUCCAUGCCAUCCCCGAAAUCCACUGCACCCUCCUCCCACCCCUACAGGAAAACCCACCCAACUACUUCGACACGUCGCAGCCCAGGAUGCGGGAGACGGCCUUCGAGGAGGACGUGCACCUGUCGAGGACAUACAUGGAGAACAAGGCCUUUUCCAUGGAUGAGCACAAUGCAGCUCUCCGAACAGCAGGAUUUUCCAACGGCAGCCUGGGAAAAAGGUCCAGCGGCAGUGUGGGGAAAAAACCCAGCAGCAACUUGGGGAACCGACCCAGCGCCCCAUUCAGAAGCAACGUUUAUCAGCCGACUGAGAUGGCUGUUGUGCUCAAUGGAGGGACCAUCCCAACCGCUCCGCCAACUCACACUGGAAGACACCUUUGGUGACAGACUUUAAGUUCCAGAGAAUAAGAAUUUCUCUUACCGAUUUUCUUCCCUGGCCGUAUCUUUCUUGAGGGAGAGAUCAGUAAUAGUAGCCGAACCACAGGCCGCCUCGCAGCCAAGGAGAUGUGGAAAUCCCGGGCAAGGGGAUUUCGUGUAAAUGUGAACCUGGAUGGACUGAAAAGCUAACACUGACUUCCCUCCCCUUCUCCACCACACACACACACACACACACACACACACACGCACACACACACCCCAACCUCGGCCCCACACUAAAGCAGAGUUCAUUGCAAAUAGUUUUAGGCUCACUCGAAUGUGGCUGGAAGACUGUCUCAUCCUCGGGGUAGAACAGAACCGAAUUCACAGCUGCUGGGCCAGGCAGAUGUUGGUUGAAUAUGGUGGGGACAGGGGACCUAAUACCCACUCCAGGAAGUGCUGGGCCCUAGGGAGAUGAGGACUCACCUCCCUGGCUUGCCUGAGGCUCGCACAUUGCAGGGGAGUUCAGGUGGUUGGUGUUAUUCCAAGGUAGGCCCAAAAGAAUGAUGGGGGGAGCUUCACAGCCAGUAGCGGUGGAAGGACCCUGGCAAGAGCCAAAGAAGAGGCGGCUCUCUGGGCCUUGAAGCGACUAUGGCAGUUAGGAAGUGCUGACUAACCACCGUUCCUUCUGUGGGCCUUUGCUGUAGCACCUAUGGCAAGAAAGCGAGUCACGCCCCUUCCCUGCAAGCCACACUCUCUCCCCAUGCAACACGGGCAUCGCCUUCUCCCCGAAUCAUCUCUUCCUGCACUUUCCUCCAAGCGCUUUCCCAAUUGUGUUCCUAUGUUCAUUUCAAAAACUCAAAUGAGGCGACCAGCUUGAAGCUCCUUGGGAAGGCAGGCGCUGUGGCGGCCUUUCUACAAUGAUGUCCCAUGGCGGGUGGCCUUUAGGAUGGAGAGGUAGUGUUCUGCUGCCCAGCAAACGGACUUGCUUGCUUUGCUGUUGAUCUGGGUAAAGUUCCCAGGGAACAGUGACAUGAAGGUUCUGUGUUGCUUUUGGAGGGUGUGGGGGAACGUCAGUAUCUUGGUUUUCUGCCAGUUCCAUAAUAAUGGCUUCUCCAAAGCACAUUGUUUCUGUCAUGGCGUCCAUCUGUCCUGAGCAAGCCAUUUCUUUGUUAUUUGGCAUUUCGAACAUCCCGGCCAUUAAAAGCCCCAUGUUUUUUCUGCACUGUUUGGCCAGCACAGUCGCUCGCACCUAUUCUAGGCAGAGUUUUAACCUGAUGGUGUGGAAUGUAUAAACGAGGGAGGGGCUUUGUGCGCAUAUGCUAAUCGCUACACUGCUUUUCUAUACAACUACCCAUAAGCCUUUAACCUUUAAAGAAACACAAAAGGUUAGUGUUUGUGGUGGGGGGGCUGACUUCUUCAUAAGCCAGUACGUCUGAGCUGAGUAUGUUUUAAUAAACCUGAUUUUUCUUGAGGCCCUAGUCUCUGCUGUGUUCCCACUUCACUCUCCAAUCCUGUCCUUGCAGAGUUCUGGGGAGAUACGGCCAGUCUGGCCAGCCUGGUGGCCCUCCCGUGGGUUUUCCUUUUAGCUAGUGCACUCCCAUGCAUGGCACCCCUUCCUGACCCCGAGAGCAUGUGCUUGCUUCUAGAGACCCCUGACUGCCCCGGGACCACCAUCUGGUGGGCCGAGACCUUGGAAUCUUGGGGAGGGAGGGGAUGGGGGGCGGGGCAUGCAGACCCCGCAUUCUGCCUGGAAGUCUCUGAGCACCUCGGGCCAGUCCAGUGGCAAUCGACAGUGUUGUACAUUCUCGUGCCAGGAGAUGGUUACUCACCCCCGCUCUCUGGAGUCCUUUGGAGCUUUCUGAUCCCGUCAGUGACUCAGUCGGCCAGAGCCCCCCUUUGCAGAAGGGAGGAGUUCACACUAUCAGUCGUUUUCUCUAAGUUCUUUCUUGUCCACGCAUAUAAGGUGAGCACCGUGCAAAUAGCUACCUGCACGUGGAAAGUAGCAUUCUGCACCAGAAAAACACAACCAUCUCGGAGCCAUGGAAACUUACUGAGAUCUUUGGGUUUUUGGUUUUUUUCCUUUAAAAAUCUCUUGAUUAUUGCGCUUCUGGGUUUUGUUUUAUUUUGGCUUUAAGGUCUAGGGUGGGGUGAAUGCUCCCAGGAUGGGGUGGAGGUGGGAAUGAGGGGACAGGUUGAAGAUCUGCUAUUUUCUAAUGAGUUUAAGUUCACCUGAGGAGUACCACAGACUGGCAACCAACUUCCCACUUGGAACAAGGCUGAAAUACAGAAGUAAAUGUCACCACUGUUGUAAGAUCUGUUGGUGUGAACAAGCCUUGUUUGGGGAAAAGACCAGAAGGACAGGUCUGUGAAUAGUCCCGAGUUGUAAGCACAAAUAUUAACACGUCUAGUUAGUACCAUCACUGUGGGACUAUAACAGCCACUUUUGUGCCCUCUUUAAGACAAGCUCGUUCUACCCUGGGGUUUUCCACUGGAGAUGUGGAGGGCAAGGAAAUGAGCUCUGAGAACUUCAAACUGGAAAGUUCUGUGCAACCCCCAGGGUUUCCAGGAUUAAGAUCUGGUUUUUGCAAGCUGGAUGUCCAGAGCUGUU